AUGGAGUCCUCUCAGCACCUUCCUAGUGAAAGCUUUUCCCAUGGCUGGCUUCUGAACAUCAAGCCACCAUCAAUGGAUGCUCACAGUGACAACUUUGAGACUGGUUCCUUUAUAGAAAUAGACCCCAAUUUGAUCUCCAUGAGAUUUUCUCAUGAUGAUCAUGGCUUUGUUUUCAGCCUCCCUAGUUCUGAACAACUUCCAGUUAUAGUUCCUGCCACUCAAAUCAUCUCAGGUGGUGUUGUCGUCCCACUUCAACCAGAAAACAACUUCUCACAUUCUUCGUUUGGGCAUUCGCUUUCUGAAAACUCAUCUAAGCCACUGCUAUCAUUGAAGAAUAUAACCUCAAGAAACAGCAAACUCAAGCUCUCUAUCUUGUGGGGUUGCACUAAGAUUCCCAAGAAGACCUUCUGCAAAUACUUGUGUUUUCUCUUCCCAUUCUGCAGCAAAGUUAGAUGCUUGAGAUUGACUCCUCCUACAAUAUCUGCAAGAAUUCACAGCAAUGCCUACACCCCACCGAUGAUUGAUAUUCGCAGUGAAUCAAUCAAAGAAGCUGUUCUUUACUGCAAGAAUUCAACUAGAGCAAAUGAUGAACACUUAUAA